AUCAGGAUUCAUCACUGAAUUUGAUUCUGUUGUUGGAUCAUUAGUAGAGCCUUGCAAAUCUGCAGUUAUCUGCUUUAUAUCCACAGAUCAUGUUUGCAGAUCCGAUGCAGAUAUACAUUUUGUAACUGUACAAGGCUCUAAUCAUUAGUUUCCCCUGGGUCGCAUGCUGAUGGGGAGUGCAACAUAAAUGCUGAUUCAUGAUGUCCACCUGUUGACUGACAGAUUCUAUAAUUUCCAUUCUUAUUCUUUUUCCAUUUUGUAACUAGGGAUGAGGUGAAGACUAUCUGAAAAUUCCCAUUCUGCUCUUAAGUAACCAUCUUUGUGUAAAUAGCUUGAUCUAGCACUGUUAUUAGCUCAAGUAAGGGGAAAGUGCAGACUUCUCUUCUGGUAUUGUAUUGUUCCACAAAUGGUGACGGGCCACAGAAUUGCAUAGUUGGGAACAGGAUUUUCCAUACACCUCUCUAAACUACCAAGACUGAGAAGAAUAAAGUUAUAGUAAAGGUUCUGAGACACCUUGUGCUUUCCCAUGUUUUAUGUCCUGCCAUACGCUUGUGUUGCUGUCUACAGAGCCAGCCAGCGAUUUCAAGAAGUUAGAGCAAUUGCCAGUGUUAGCUGUGUUCCUGGGGUUGUGUUUUAAUUGAAGUGUCAGCAAUUAAUGAUGAUGAAGAUCCCAAUUGUGAAGCUCUGAAUACCUGCAGUAAGCCUUUGGAUUGCUUUGUUUCACCUAAGCAAUGGCUUGUCAGGAGUUUACUGUCUUGUACACUCAUCAGAAGACUAAGAAAUCAAAAAUAUGGCAAGAUGGAGUUUUGAAGACCAGUAUUGGAGGAAAUAAGGCAACCUUAUUUGAUGACAGAGGACAAUGUUUGGAGAGUGUAUUUGUUAAAUCUCAGGUGAAACCUGGAGAUGACUUAGAAAGUGAUCGAUAUUUAAUCACAAUUGAAGCAGCAAAGGUUACUGAAAACUGUCGUAGUGAGCUGCCAAAGAAAACAGAAGCUCCUAUAUUGAACAGAAAUCGUUUGAAGCCUACUGGUCUAUCUCUGCCACAUCUACCUGUUGGCUUGAAAAGGAAACACACUGGCUUCCAAGGGCCACGUCAAGUUGAAAAGAAAAUGAUGCCAAUGGAAGAUGAUGCAGCAAUAAUAUCCCCUACAUCCAAGUGGUCUCAGUCUUCCUUUCCUUCUCAGUUGCAUAUCACCUCUCCUUUAUUUUCUACUACUUGCAAGAAGGAUGCAGAAACUAAUUUACCAUCACACUCUAAUGAUGCUUGCACAAGUAGCGAUAGAGACGGUAUGUCUGUCUCCUCACUGGUUUCCACUUCUUAUAUUGGCAUUCCCAAAGAAAUGAUACAUAAUAGAAACCAAAGUGUCUCCAUUUCUGGACAGAUGGAAUCAAAUUGUCAGACAAUCAGUGGUGUGGCAGUCUCACAGAACCUCAGGAGCAAAGCACAGAUUAUAGCACUUCUGAAAUCCAAGCCAACACAACUGUGCAAAGAGCAAAAACCUUCUGAAAUCACAGAGUGUUUUUCUGGAUGUCAGCCAUCAGAAAACACAAGCAUUUUAUUUAAACGAAAGAGUGAAACUCUAUCAGGACAUAUGGAUAACUCUGACAGAGAAAGCACCAAGAAUAUACAGCACCAGUAUACUACUGAGAAAACUAUAACUAAUAAUCAUUGGGAUGUAUAUAUGCUGCCAAAUUCGGCUGAACUAUCUUGUGAUGAAGAAGUUACAGUAAGGAAACAUGACAAAACAAGUAAUUUAGGUUUGGAUUUACAAGACCCUUACAACCCAAAGGCUUCAUGGUUCAUGACAGCCUUUGUGCAGCCUGUUGAAAAAGAGCUAAAUUACAGUCGCAUGGAACUAACAGAUCAUGAGAGGCAAUACAGCUGGGAUUGUAAAACAGUUUCUCAAGCAUCUGCAUCCAGUAGAACUGACUGGGCAACUCAACUGUCAACUAUUAAUGAAAGUUUAGGCAAAGACCAGCCAAAUACUUGUGUAUUAUCUGAAUCAAACAUAAAUAAAGAGAGUAACAUUCAAUUUGUCUCAUCUUCAGAAGAUGUUUAUUCUAGAAGCACAAAUGGGUCCAUUACCUUUGAAACAAAUCUCCCCAAAUCCAAUGAAAAUGUAGUAACUGAGAGUCUUAAAGAUUCAAAAGUUUCUUCUGCUCAGUCACAAAGUGAACCUCUGCCAAGAAUAAAUUCAGCAAGUGUAGUUAAUGAGUCUAGGAUUUCUGGUCAUAUAACGUGGGCUGGUUCUGGAGCUAUAAAUGAGGAAUUAACUGUAUGUGAAGAUGUUAGUGAUCAAGCUGAACAGUUCAUGGAGAUUAACUUCAAUCUGUUGGAUGCUUUUGAUUUUAGUGACACAGAAGAUAAAGUAGUAUGUGAAAGUAACAUGUUUUCACAGGGUUCAGCAUGCUUGACAAAGGGAGCUAUGGCACAAAAUGGUGAGAGGAGGGUUCAUAGGAACUGUGAAGUAAUGCUGCAUAGUAAUAAGGAAGGAGUUGUCAAAUAUUCAACAGUGCUGGGAGAGAGAGACGAUAAUGAGAUCAGAGAGACUCUGCCAUUAAAACUUGGUGAUGAAACCUGUGAAGGUUGUGACAAGAGUGUGAAAGAUGCUUUAACUCCUUUGAUUGAACUGGGACAGUCAGGGGCUGAAAACAUUGUAGAAGGGAUGAAUGCAAGUACAUUAAAUACUGAAACCACUAGCAGUAAGAAAGGCCUUGAUUUAUCUCCAGUGUGUACCGUUAGUGACUUAAUAGUGAAUAAAAAGUGCUCUAAUGAUUUUGUGCACAGUGGAGUCAGUAACUAUGAAUGUGAUACUAGGAACAACAAGUUUGAGAAAACUGAAAUUAUUUCAUAUGUUCCUGCUACUUUACAGACUUCUGUCAUGGACAAAAAUCCUGAAAAAGAUGUUCUACAUCUUGGAGGCACAAAUUCCCAGGAUAGUACUUUAGAAAAUUACUUAGGUGCUAGUGAUGAUGACAUGAAACCAAUUAGUCCUUUACAGGCCUUAUCACUAAAGGCUUGCAAUUCUGAUGACCUAUGCCAGUAUAUUACUGGUAAAUAUUGUACUGCAUUUGAUACAUUAGAUAAAGAACAUACUCCGGUUUCCAGAACUGCCACUUACCCUUUAACAAAAAGGUAUUCAACUUCAAAGGAAGCUGGAAUAGGUGAAACUGAGUCUGAAAAUGGAUCAAGCAUCAUGCCUUCCAUCCAUGAAGCCAGGGAAGGUGAACGAAUGGGAACUGAUUGCUUGAAACACUUGGCUCAAAUUGGUAAUUCAUCAGGGCUUCCUCAGUUGGCAAAUGGCAUUACUCUUUUAAGAUCUUUGACUGAACAUACGACAGCAUUAGAAAGUUUACAAAUGAUGGAGGACAAUAAUGGUUUGCUUUAUCAACGAGAGACUACUAAAGAGAAAAGUGAACCAGCUGAAGAAUUGGAAGCUAGGCAACAGUUAGCUGAAGUGUCUUAUUCAGAAGAUAUGCAGACCUCUUAUUUGUACUUUGGCCCUCCUGAAGUGGUGCAAUCUUCCAUGAACAAUGAAGUAGAGAAAUCUGUUGCUGCUUUCCGAGCUCUAGUACCAGGCCAGGGAACCUUUGACCACCAAUCAAAGCCUGCUGAAUUUCAAGGGCACCAGGUACAAGGAUCAGCCACUAGUGAGUUAGGGAUGAGACUACCCUACUCACAGCUAGAAUGGAAUCAAUACCCAGAAACGGUUGAGCACGAAAGCCUCACAACAGACAAUUGUUUAUUGUCACCCCAGUUAUCAAGCAGUUCUGUCGUGACUGGCUUAAUACAGUCCCCAGGCUCAAGAAGUCUUAGAGAAGAUGAUCGGAACUUUAUUACAGAAGAUAAUUUUCAAAAGAAAUGUGACUUUAUUGAAGACUCAGUCCCCAGUGCAUCUCCAGUGAUGUUGAAUUUUACAUCUUCUCAUUCAGAUUUUAAUUUGGGACUGACACAGUGGACUUCCUGGGAGCCCGACAAGAUGCCUCUCCUCAAAGCUUUGAAGGAAGUGUUUCAGGUGUUAUCAGUGCAGCAGGUUCCUUCUUUGAAUUCUGAUUCUAUGUCCCCAACUCCAAGGAGUGAAGAAAAUAGGACAGACAUACAAGAACAGAAGUUCCUGACAUCCAGAUGUUUACCAAGUGAUAAAGAUAAUUCAGCAUAUUUUUUCAGAAUAGAAGAGUCCUCCUGUUCAGGAGACGGCAACCUCUCAAGACUCCCGUCCACACUUAGAACAAGAAUGCCACUUAUCACUGUUCCUGCCACUGAGGAGAUUCCUGACUCAGAAGUUUAUUAUUCAGGUGUAAUUGACUGUGAGGAAGUCCAGCAAUCCUUUGGCUCUCCGACAGUCAACUUCUAUGACAAGUCAGGAGAAUUUCCUGUCUGUGCUUUUGCGCCUGAGGACAGGAAGUAUGAAACCUCUGUGGCUGUAGAGUGCUUGGAAGAAAGAGAAAGGGAGUUUAUACAGCCAGUGUUUUCUAAAGCGACUUCACAAAACAGACAAAGCAAGUGGCUGAAAUAUCAAAACAUGGCUCAAUGUGACGUGAUAACUCAAAACAGAGGUGAUGUGAAAUUGACUGAUUACUUCUGUGCUGAGAAUGUCUUUGGAAUGCCACAUGCUGACACUAGGGAGAGUCAGAGUGAUGACAUGAAUAAAAGCCUUCCAGACUCUGUGCAUCUGGAGAUGAUAAAAGGCAUACUUGGUAAACACGGCAGAAAUUUUAGCAGCCAAGAUUCUGUUUCAGAAGGGAAGAUAAUUUCUCUGCACUUAAACCAGAUUCCUAUUGCUGAAGAAGCACAAAAGGUGUUAGGUCAGCUGACUCACCGUGGUGUAAUAGGAGGCACCCAGGACAUAGCUAUCUCUGAGCUGUCUUUUCCCAGUGGGGAUAAAGUGAAAUGUACUAAUCUUCCUAAAAGGCAGACGUAUAUACCUACUGUGUUUCAAUCUUAUGUUCAUUACAAACAGAUCUUUACAGCUGCUUUGACAGAGCAAUUAAACAUACUGCUUUUUGAGCUGUCACAAAGGCUACACAAGGCUCUUUCCAAAGUGAACACAUCGUUUUGCAAGUCAGUGAAAGAUGGGCAAGAAGAAAGUAAGGAAAACUGUAUUCCACUCUGCAAUCACAAGCAUCCAGCAAAGCUUGUUAUGGUGAAAAAAGAAGGUCAAAAUAAGGGUCGCCUUUUUUAUACCUGUGAUGCCCCAAAAACUGACCAGUGUAAAUUUUUCAAGUGGAUAGAAGAAGUGAACCCAGGACAGCUAAAAUCCAGACACAGUCUAGUGCUUCAUGAUAUAAAAAGUAUUGGAGCUUACCUCAGAUGUCAAAAGAUUUCUAUCUAUGAGGACUGCCAGCUUUUGGAGAGAAGAGCCUUUGAUGUUCAAAGAAAACAUUGUAGUAAGCUAAAGAAAUUGAUGAUUGCAAAUGCCAAAUUUGAUGGGGAUUCUAAAAGCAAGUUAUAUCUUAAAUUGAGCAGAAAGGAAUACUCCUCUGUAUACAGCAAAGAUGACCUUUGGGUUGUUUCAAAGACUCUAUUCUUUGAAUCCCUGGACACUUUCAUUGCAUGUAGUGCUUUCUUUGGACCGUCAUCUAGCAAUGAAGUUGAAUUAUUGCCUCUGAAAGGCUAUUAUCCCUCAAAUUGGUGCUCAAAUGUGAUUGUUCAUGCCUUGCUGGUUUGUAAUGCUAGCACUGAGCUCACAACUUUAAGAAAUAUGCUGGAGUACUUCAAUCCAGCUACUGUACCACUAAUGAAGUACCUACUAAAAAUGCCUUUCAGAGCCGAACAUGCUAACAGAGUCGUCAACAAAAGAAAAUUUAUUCCGCCAGCUUUAAAUACCAAGAGCACAAUGAUGUGUGGACUUCUCAGUCCAGAAGUAACACUAGGAUUGGCCAGAAAGAUGAUCCAGACAUUCCAGCUGAACCCAGAUCAAGCUUCAGCACUGAUUCAAAUAGCUCAGAUGAUGGCAUCACAUGACAAUGAUGUACAAAUGGAAAAACAGCAGGCCUUCCCUAUCACAAUCAUACAUGGUGUUUUUGGAGCUGGAAAGAGCUAUUUGCUGUCUGUUGUGGUCUUGUUCCUGGUACAGUUAUUUGAAAGCAGUGAAGCAGCUGAAGGCUCAAGACCAACUCCAUGGAAACUUCUGAUUGCAUCUUCCACUAAUGUUGCUGUUGACAGGGUACUUCUUGGUCUACUAGAUCUUGGAUUUGAGGACUUUAUCAGAGUUGGAAGUGUUAGAAAAAUUGCCAAGCCAGUUCUUCCUUACAGCUUACAUGCUGGCUCUGGCAGUGAAAAUGAACAAUUAAAAGAACUGCUUGCCUUGAUGAAAAAAAAUUUAACUCCGGCAGAAAAAAUAUAUGUGAGGAAGAGUAUUGAACAGCAUAAGCUGGGAACCAAUAAAGCUAUUCUGCAACAGGUGAGAGUGGUUGGAGCAACCUGUGCUGCCUGCCCAUUCCCUUCCAUGAAUAACCUUAAGUUUCCUGUGGUUGUGCUGGAUGAGUGCAGUCAGAUGACAGAACCUGUUUCUCUCCUUCCCAUUGCAAGGUUUGAGUGUGAAAAGCUGAUUCUAGUUGGAGACCCUAAGCAGCUUCCACCAACUAUUCAAGGGUCUGAAGGUUCUCAUGAUAAUGGAUUGGAGCAGACUCUCUUUGACCGUCUUUGCUUGAUGGGACACGAUGCAGUCUUUCUUAGAACACAGUAUCGCUGUCACCCUGCUAUUAGUGCUGUAGUCAAUGACCUGUUCUAUGAAGGAAAUCUGUUGGAUGGCAUUUCAGAGAUGGACAGAAGUCCUCUGUUGGAUUGGCUUCCAACACUAUGUUUCUUUAAUGUUAAUGGGACAGAGCAGAUUGAAAGAGAUAAUAGCUUUUAUAAUAUGGCAGAAGUUUAUUUUAUAAUCAAGCUUAUCCAGUCCCUGACUGCAAGUGGAAUAGAGGGAUCCAUGAUUGGGGUGAUUACACUAUACAAGUCACAGAUGUAUAAGAUUUAUAAUUUACUUAGUGCUGUCCACUCGGAUGGUCUUGAGAUUAAAGCUGUCCAAGUGUCAACUGUAGAUGCAUUCCAAGGAGCAGAAAAGGAAAUAAUUGUUUUGUCAUGUGUGAGAACAAGACAAGUUGGGUUCAUAGACUCAGAAAAGAGAAUGAAUGUAGCUCUGACAAGAGGAAAGAGGCAUUUGUUGAUUGUGGGAAAUCUGGCCUGUUUGAGUAAGAACAAACUAUGGGGAUGCGUAAUUCACCACUGUGAAGGAAGAGAGAAUGGAUUGCAACAUGUAAGCCAGUAUGAGCAACAACUGAACAACAUUCUUAAAUAUUACUUGGAGAAAGAGAAAGAAGAAAAGAAUAAGCAAAAGAAAGAAAUCAAAAAAUCUCUUUCACAUCAGGAAAAGUGCUGCUGCCCACCUGAAUGACAUGAAUACAACUUCAUAGCAUGGUAAUCCAUGACAGAGAUGGAUGUAAAAGAGGAAACCUGUACAUUAGACAUGAAGUCUGGAAACUAACCAGAACAGCCUCUUAUAAAAUGACCAAAAAAACAACCAGAGAAGCCUCUUGUAACUUAUUGAAAAUAUAUUUUGUCAAAGAAUAUGUCUAUGCCCCAGGUCCAAGAAUGUUUUGUUUUGAAAGUGUUAGAAGUUUGGAAAAUUUGCUUAGUUAAGAUAUUGAAGCCAUCCUUCCUAGUUUCUGAAACAACUUGAAACCAGUAACUAGUAUUUCUUGUAUAUAAUGUAGAGAGCUUGGUUUUGCAAUGUGAUUUUAUAUAAUAUGCAUGUGUUGUUCAUUUUACUUGUACGUUCUUCCAGAACCUAAAAAUGAUUUUGUGAUUAAAAUAA